CAGUUAUCACCUGCGACCUGACAGAGGGCAUGCAUAGUAAUUUUAUUACAAACAUCGAACUAGAUACCACUGACAAUUUUGCUGGUACAAUUCCGCCAGUAGAAAAUUUGAGAAACGAAAGUGAAAGCUUCACUGCGAAACUCAAGAACAAAGGAGGAAACUUUACUAUUACUUUACCGUUUGAUGUAAUUGAACAAGUACUAAUUGCCGAGUUAACAAUAGAGGAACCAGAAAAUGUUGAGUCUGUAAAGAUCACCAUACCUCAGGAGGAUGGCGAUGACGAAAUAUAUGUGGUAAGAGCAUAUAAUUAUAUUAGAGACGAGUGUCAUUUAAAGCUGUACGUACACUCACAUUUUUCAGGGAAUGUAAUGAAUUUUCUGCAUAUCCCAAAGAUAUAUA